AUGCUACCUAAUCUCUUUUACGUGUUGCCUGCCGUCUUGGCCAUGUCACUUGAAGUCACGGCAUCUAUCCGCGCCACCGCGGUCCUCGAAGGCCAAAUCGAGGGAACUCUAGCCUUCGAAGAGAGGGAGGAUGGCCUUUUUAUUGAGGGCGAGCUGUCUAACUUGACAUUUGGACUUCAUGGAAUUCAUAUUCAUGAGUUUGGAAAAACGGGCAACGGAUGUGCCGAUGCGGGUGGUCACUACAACCCAACCAAUGUCGACCACGGAGCACCCGAUGACGAAGUGCGCCACGUUGGUGACUUUGGAAAUAUUGAUGUUACCGCGUCGCCUUACCGUCUUUCCUUCAAUGAUCGUGUUGCUACGCUCAAUGGUCCAUACACUAUAUUGGAUAGAUCAAUAGUUAUUCACUCGGGCGCCGACGAUCUCGGUAAGGGCAACAAUCCAAAUUCAAAAAAGAAUGGUAAUUCAGGGUCACGUUUGGCUUGUGGCGUUAUCCAGGAAGUUUAG